UUGAAUGUAAUGGCUGCGCCCAUAGGACACUUCGGAAGUAUACAUACACACUUAAUAAUAAUUACAUUCGCGUUCUUCUUUGAUUUUAUGUGCAAUUAAUAGAAGAAAUAAUUUUGAAGACAGAUAAUAUUAUUCGCCAAUCGUUCAAUUGUCAACUUGUUUUAUGCGUUUAACAGGUUGACAGCUGGAAGUCCUAGUUUUUAACACCGAUGAUGUCAUUUUUACACAAAGUUUUGGCUAAGGCAAGACCGACAAGAUGCUUCGGGACGCUUGCGGGAAAAAUGAGGACAUCAUCUACUCACAAAUUUGGGCGGGUUUUGUUGGUAGGCGUGGGAGGGACGUCAGUUGUAGUAGGCGCUGUUACCCUCUGGACCAAGGGAGGAAACUCUGUAUUGGCUGCCUCCAUGUUAGAAGGCAAAGACUGGAUGAGCUCCCCUAUCACUGACCAUCAUGAAAUGGAAAAGAAUGCUGAUUCUAUGAGGAUCAAAAUGGAGAUGAUGAUUAUGGACAUCCAGCGGGAGUUUUGCCGAGCCCUUGAGGCAGAGGAGGAGGAUGAUAUGAAGUUCAAGGUCGACAAGUGGAGCAGAAAACAGGGUGGAGGAGGUAUCACCUGUGUGUUGCAGGAUGGAAGGGUGUUUGAGAAGGCGGGCGUGAACAUUUCUGUCGUCAGUGGCAACCUGCCUCCACAAGCAGUUCAACAGAUGAAGUCCAGGGGUAAGGUCCUUGAAGGGAAAACCCUGCCCUUCUUUGCAACAGGAAUCAGCUCAGUCAUACACCCUAGGAACCCUAAUGUGCCGACAGUGCAUUUCAACUACCGGUACUUCGAGGUGACAGAUGAAAAGGGAACCAAGCAUUGGUGGUUUGGGGGAGGUACUGAUCUCACACCUUACACCCUAGAUGAAAAGGAUGUCAAGCACUUUCACAAGACAUUGAAGAAAACUUGUGAUAAACACCAAAGCAACUACUACCCAGACUUCAAGAACUGGUGCGAUGAAUACUUCUAUAUAAAACACAGAGGUGAAAGUCGUGGAGUAGGAGGAAUUUUCUUUGAUGACCUUGAGGAUGGAGAUCCACAAGAGCUCUUCAACUUUGUCAAAGAUUGUGCCAAGUCUGUAGUGCCCUCCUAUAUACCCCUCGUGACGAAAAACAAGAAGAAGGGCUAUGGAUAUAACGAGAGGAGAUGGCAGUUGUUACGCAGAGGACGGUAUGUGGAAUUCAAUCUAGUGUACGAUCGGGGAACCAAGUUUGGACUUUUCACACCGGGAGCUAGAUUCGAGAGUAUUCUCAUGUCACUUCCACUCAAUGCAAGCUGGGAAUACUGUCAUGAGCCAGAGCCCGGAUCUGAGGAGGCAAAGCUGACUGAAGUUCUGAAGAACCCACGUGAUUGGGUAUGAUUUGAGGAAGCCCAGACUGACUGAUUGACCCACCAUAUAGCAGGAAUCUACAGGAACAGGUGUUUAUUGUUUUGGACAAGACUGCAGCUCACUGUGUUAUAUGUGAACUGUCUAUCCUCUAGUGAUUCAAUGGUACCAUCUUCUUUGUGAACGUUAUACAUUCUAUUUUUUGAAGCUAUUAAUAUAUUUAAUAACAAUACGCUACAAUACUAUCAUUUUUUAAAAAAGAGUUUCAUUUAGUCCGCUUUUAAAGGUAAAAUUGAUUUGUGAUUAAGCCAGUAAUAACACCCUCCAUUUAAUAUGUGGUGUUGACCUAAUGUUAAACGCAAAUACCACUCUUGAGAAAACAAUAUAUCCAAACAAUCCACAAUAUCAAUGUCAAAAUUACUACAAAGGGGGAGAACUCAUGAAACUCAUGAAACAAAAUCAAAGCACUGAAAGCACUCAUAAGUACAACAUUAACACCUAAUAAUUCCAGAAAACGUAUGUUAUUUUGUUGAACAAUUGUUGAUAAGACCACCCCUAUGACUGUGUGGUUUUCCAUGGACGUGUUUGCUGACAGUUAUUCCACCAAGUGGACGAAAUUGAAACUGGCCUUAAUUUCUCAAGCAUUUUCAGGCAUAACAUUUUUUUUUAUCUUAUUUUCAUAAUCUUUAGGCUAAAAAAUCUUUAGGCUAAAACAAUAAAUUUGCUUAUUGUUCUUAUUUUUGUUUCUCCUUUGUCAAUGGACAAGUUUUUUUAAAAAUAAUUUUUAAUAACAAAAAGUUCUAUUUUUAUAAUCAUACAUGUACAUACAUAUAAUAUAUUUGUGGUCUGCAACUCGGAGUUCAUAUAACUGUUCCAUUGGCAUGAUGUAAAUUAUGACUUACUUUCUCAUGACGUUGUUGUAUAUGUUUGCGUUACUGUUAUUAUUAUAUGAUAUUUAUCUGUUGGCCACAUUGGUGCUUUAUGCAAUAUGGGAAAUGGGUUGGUGGUGUUUUUUGUUUAAAUCAUUAAAAUGUUUCACAGUCAAAACUCGCUUUGUCAAAGUCGUUGGGACCUUGAGAAAUACCUCGAGAUAACAAACCUUUGACAUAACUGAAGUGCAAUAUAUUGCUUUAAACUAAAUCCAACAGUACGACAUAACUAGAAAAUGAGUUAACAGAGUUUGACAUAACGAGUUUCGACAGUACUUGCUUUCAAUGUAUGGAUAUACACGGAGUCUUGUGGCUUCAAAAAUGGCAGUGUUUCCUUUCGAGGAAAAAGCUCAUAUUGUGUUUCAUUAAACAUAAUUAUCACUUUUUUUGACAGAUAUAAAAAUUGACAUGAAGAAUUCAGGUGUAUUUGUGCUAGUUUGACUCUAGGAGUUUAUAUUUUUUUAUGCGACGCAAUUUUCUAAAGUAUGUGUUCACAAACGUUUUGAUCACCACUUAUACAUUGACAUAUUUUAUUAGUUAUUAUACAUACAGUACAUAUCAUGAAUGACACAGGGAUUGCUUUGCCUGGCAUCGUCUGUGCCAGUGUCACACUUGUUUUCGAUCAACGUCUUUUAAACGACUUGCCAGGUGCAUAUUUAUUGUGACCUUGACUAAAAAGAUACUACGAGCAUUUCCGAUCAGUAUCUUUUAAACGGCUUGUCUUGAACCUUUACCUUGAUAAGUAGAUGACCCCUAUUGAUUUUUGGGUCAAAGGUCAAGGUCAUGGUAUCCUUUAUUAUAAACAAUAUGAGAGCUCCCGACCUGAUUUGCAUAUUUUUUGUUGACAGUCAGUGACCUCAGGUACAUGCAUAUUAUUGUAGAGAGAUGUUAGGGUAUACUAUACAAUUUGUGUUUAAUAAAAAAAAAAACAUUAUUGUGAUUUAGUUGCUUUACUUUUGCUGUUAUUAAAACACAGAUUGACUGACUCUUCAUAUGACCUUAAAUUUAUAUGAUAAUAAAUAUAUACGAUAUAUGUAGAUGAUAAAUUAUAGGCUUUUUGAAGUAUUAUUGAAUAAUUCUACUAUUACUACUAUUACUAUUAAAAUACCAUUUUAAUAAAAUGUAGUGAAAUCAA